AUGCCAAUUAGAAUUUUUCCUGAAAUAUUUAACAUUGGGUUAAAUUUAAGUGAAGAUGAUUUAAAUAAUUAUGAUAAUAGUUAUUUUGAGCCCGGAUUCAAAAAAGUUAGUGACUCGAAAAAAUUAAAAAGAGCUUUGAAUGAUCUUAAAGAUAUUGGCUAUGACUUUGUUUGCGUCCCCGUUAGCCAAAAUUCCGAAAGCAAAAAUAACAUUACUAAUGGCUUUAAUUUAGAACUAAAAUUUCUAGAACAUUAUGAAAUAGGGGGAAGCGAUUGGAAUGCAGGAAUAAUUGGCAAGUUCCCUACAGACGGGCACUUGAAUUUAAAUGAGGCGAAAAAAUUACUAAAUUGGUGUGAUUAUGUUGGCUAUCAUGCAGUUAUAAUUUCAAUUGAACAACUUUCCAUCCAUUUUUUAUCUGUUAUUUCUUCCUUUAUUGGACUGAUUUCUACUAGAAUUCAAAUUUGGAUUGAAGUGAUUAUAAACAAUGGCAAUUCAAUUGAUAAACAAUGGAAUGAAUGGCAAGUUGCAAAUACAAUAAUAAGCUCUUCAGCCAAUGCAAAAAUUGGGCUUGUACUAAAAAUUGAUAGCAGUUCAUAUAGAAACAUUAAAGCAGAUGAUUAUUCGCGUUUUUUUGGCGAGCCUGUCAAAUGUUUAUUCAUAAACUCGGAUUUUUUCGAAUCAAGCCACUCAAAUAUAUUAAUUUCAGAAUUACUCAUGGGGUCUAUGAGAGCAAAAAUACCUGUUUCAAUUUAUUUAAAUGAAAACGAAAAUUCUAAUAUUGAAUUAAUAAUAAAGAAAUCAUUCAAAAAUAUUAUUAAUUUCAUAAAAAGUUUUCCUCCAUUAUCUGACCAGCAAAAAUAUGAGUAUAAUUACAUUGAUAUUCUUCAAACACCUCUUCAACCACUAUGGAAUGAUCUAAAAAGCAUUGAAUAUGAGGUUUUUGAAAAAGAUAGUAUGAAGUAUGAAAAAUAUUUUCAUGCAGUUAAAUUGUUUCUGUCUGAACAUCCGUUAGCAUUAGAAGAAAUAAAAGUUUUGAUAGUUGGUUCAGGGAGGGGAGGGCUGAUCCAAAGUGUACUUAACGCAUUUAAUUGUUUAUGUAAUGAUUCAUUUAAAAUUUUAUGCGUGGAAAAAAAUAGGAAUGCAGUUGUAACUUUGAGAGCAAAGAUAAACUAUGAAGAAAAUGCUAAUUGGAAAAAAGUAGAAGUCAUUAAUUCAGACAUUAGGGAAAUAGAGUUGAGUGAGAAAUAUGAUUUAAUUGUUUCUGAACUAAUGGGUUCUUUCGGAGAUAAUGAACUUUCUCCAGAAUGCCUAAUUUAUGCUCAAAAAUUUAUGAAACCUAACGGAAAAAUGAUUCCUCAGCGCUAUACAUCGUAUUUAGAACCUAUUUCCUGUAGAAAAGUUUGGAAUAAUGCAGUUUCGUAUUCAAAAUCAAAGAAUUUGGAAAUUCCAUUUGUUUCUAGAUUAAGAUCACAUUAUAAAAUAUCAACAGAAGGGCCUAAAAAAGUAUUUUCGUUUAAUCACCCUGCUGAAUUUAUUCAGGAAGAGAAAGAUAACACUAUUUUUGCUUCUAUUGACUUUACAUCAAAAGCUGACUCUGUUUUACAUGGCUUUCUAGGCUAUUUCGAAUGUAAUCUUUAUAAUGAAAUUGGAUUUUCGACUUUACCUUCUGAUUUUACUAUUGGUCUUAUUAGUUGGUUCGAUUUUUUUAUCCCUAUUAGUAGCCCUAUAUUGCUAAGAAAAUUUGACAAUAUUACAUUUAACAUCUGGAGGAAAUCAAACAAAGAAAAGGUAUGGUAUGAAUGGCUUGUUACAAAGCCAACAACAAGCUUUAUACACAAUUUAAAUGGAAGAAUGUAUAGUAUACAUUUAUAG